UCCCGCUGUCCGCUCUUCCGGAAGCAGAGAGGCGUACCGGCGUGCGGCGGGCUGGGGAGCUGCGGAGCGGACGGAGCCUGCAGGGGGCUGCGCCUGGCUCCUGCGUGGGGCGCCAUGGACGACGCCGGCAGCUCCGGAGGCAGCGGAGGCUUCCGCCCGGGCGUAGACAGCCUGGAUGAGCCGCCCAACAGCCGCAUCUUUCUAGUGAUCAGCAAGUACACAUCCGAAUCGGUGCUGAGGGAGCGCUUCUCGCCCUUCGGAGAUAUUCAGGACAUCUGGGUGGUGCGCGACAAGCACACUAAGGAGUCCAAGGGCAUCGCCUUCAUCAAGUUCGCGCGCAGCUCGCAGGCCUGCCGGGCUAUGGAGGAGAUGCACGGACAGUGCCUUGGUCCCAACGACACCAAGCCCAUCAAGGUUUUCAUUGCCCAGUCCCGAUCAUCAGGAAGUCACAGGGAUGUUGAAGAUGAAGAACUCACAAGAAUCUUUGUUAUGAUACCAAAGUCCUAUACAGAAGAAGACCUGCGGGAGAAGUUCAAGGUGUAUGGAGAUAUCGAGUAUUGCAGCAUUAUUAAGAAUAAAGUCACUGGAGAAAGUAAAGGCUUGGGCUACGUGCGCUAUUUAAAACCAUCACAAGCUGCCCAAGCAAUAGAAAACUGUGAUAGAAGUUUCAGAGCGCUCUUGGCUGAACCUAAAACGAAAGUGUCGGAGUCCCCAGAACAAGAUUAUUACAGUAGUGCGAGGCAGGAGGCUGUGGGACAUGAACCUAAAGCCAAUCUGUUUCCCUUCGUUGGAGAACAGCAAUCUGAAUUUUCAGCUUUUGACAAGAACAAUAGCAGAGGCCAGGAAGCCAUCUCCAAGCGCCUGUCGGUGGUGUCGAGGGUCCCCGUCACCGAAGAGCAGCUCUGCAGCAUUUUUGACAUAGUCCCAGGACUGGAGUAUUGUGAAGUUCAGCGAGACCCUUAUUCAAAUUACGGUCACGGUGUGGUUCAGUAUUUUACAGUAGCAUCCGCUAUUUAUGCAAAAUACAAGCUGAAUGGUUUCCAGUACCCUCCUGGGAAUCGGAUAGUUGUUUCCUUCCUGGAUGACGGAAGUAAUGCGGCAGAUCUCAUCAGGAAAAUGGCGACACAGUUGGUGGCAGCACAGCUCGCGUCGAUGGUGUGGAGUAACCCAGGUCAACAGCAGUUUCUGCAAUUUGGAGGAAGUUCUGGGUCACAGGCGCCUCAAAUCCAGACAGAUGUUGUACUUCCAUCGUGCAAAAAGAAAGCCCCGCCUGAAACUCCUGUGAAAGAAAGGUUGUUUAUUGUGUUUAAUCCCCAGCCUUUGCCGUUAGACGUGCUGGAGGAUAUAUUCUGCCGUUUUGGGAACCUGAUCGAGGUCUACCUUGUGUCGGGAAAAAAUGUGGGCUAUGUCAAGUAUGCUGACAGAAUGAGCGCCAAUGACGCCAUCACAACUCUGCACGGGAAGAUUCUGAACGGGGUCAGACUUAAAGUUAUGCUGGCAGAUUCCCCAAGAGAAGAAUCUAAAAAGAGGCAGAGAACUUACUGAGUGCUAAG